UGCUCAGUGGAGUUCAUCAAACGCAAGUCAACUGUUUUUCAUUUGGCAUUUUGUCUCGUUUCAACUAAAUACUUUGGGUUGCUUUGUUAUUCUGAUAAGAUUUGUGUGUGUCUUCAGGUGAUCAGAGAAGUUCCCUACGACAACUGGAACAAUGAGUUGCAGUGGUCACUGUCUUUGAGCGAUCACCUCAUUGUAGCUCUGGAGGAUGCCAGCCUGAUCCAGAUGAACACUGACAUAAACGGACCAGACAUUACAGUCCAAGGCAGGAGGAGGGAGAUCUUGAGCCCUGUGAAGGUAAUAGAAAAUGAGGCAGAAUUCUUGGCCUUGAAGCUGGUCAGUGGUCAGUAUGCCUACAGUAUGGAAGCUACGUGUCCAAAAGUUACUACGUCCACAACAGAGGAGACUGUGCUGCACAUUUUCAAACGACGCAUGGGCUUGACCAGGCGAGGCAGCCAUGACAGUGAAGGACUGACAGUCAGUGAUGUGUCGGUGAACCAGACGGAUAAUUUCACUGUGCAUGAGACGAGUGCAUUUGUGACACUCAUCAUUCCUACAACCCAAAUACUCCAGACCAAGACCUGCGAGGACAGCAAACAACUCCUGCAGUUGUUCUACAGGGUGGAUGUUGUGCUCACCUUCAAAGAGACAAAUCACAAAAUGCACUGGACCAUGGAGAACACACUGCCAUGCACAGCCAGGCCUGCUGCAUCAUACAUCACAUCCUCUCCUGAUCCAAACAUCACAGCCCUGUCCAUGCUCAACUUUAAAAAUGAGAGCUUAACCACAGAACAAGUGCUUCUGGAGCGCUCGGACAUCCCUGCAGGGAAACCAAACAAGAGAGCUCCAUUCGAAGAAAUGACGGCAGCAGGAUUUUCUGCAGUUAGUUCACCUCUCGCACAGGCAGAGGGCAGCAGUUUUAAUUUCCAAACUGGAGAGAUGUCAAAGAGUCAAAGUGGGAAUUCGUUUUCUGAGUUUGAUGGUGACACUGCCACUUCCAUCAAUGCAACUGUAACAGACUUGUCCUCCAACAUGACGGAUGCACAUGAAGAAGAAUAUCAACAAUUCAGCUCAACCAGAGGGAGUAAAGACCAGCGAAAACAGAUAAAAUUAAAGUGGAUUUGGAAGGAUUAAAAACCUGAACAAAAUUUGUGAAAAAAAAUAUCACAACUGAAACAACACAACCCAGUGCACCAAUUCUUGAAACAAAUAACAAUAUUUCAAUAUCUGGCUUGCUUUUUUGAUCCACUUCUGUUGUUUUAAUUCUUAUCCAUGCCACGUGUUCCGUGUCUGUUUGCUGUCUUGAAAGGUAAUGCUGUGGUCAGUCAGUGCCUGUACAGGUUGAUUAUACAAGCAGAAAUAGAGCCAGACCUCUGCCAGCCGUUGCCCGAGGGUGGACAUUAUCCAGACACAGGCGUUAAAUAAACAUGUCUCUAUCCAAGCAGCACAGCAGGCUGAUGUAGCGAAGACCCUGCAAUUGUUACAGCUGAUGCCACCUUCCUGAGAAGCCUUGUGUUACAGAAACCCACAAAGAACUGAUUUUCAAAAACACAGAAUACCUUCUUGUCAAAGAUAGAAUUCACACUUUCAGAAGUUUUAUGUCUCUUAGAGUGAGCUUAACGCUUUACAAAUGAAUUAAUGUGUUUUUUUCUUCUGUUAAGUUAAACAAAUCAAGUUCAUGACUUCACAGCAUUUCAGCUGCAGUGGUGUUGCUUUAUGUAUCUUUGCUGCAGUAUACUGUGUCAACAGGAGAGGGCACUAUUGAAUGUAUUUUCAGAAAACCCUCUUGAUGGGCCGUCAGCCUGCCUGCAGAUGCUCUUUUCCAAAUUUACCAGUUUUAAAUGUUUUUUGCAGAGAACUUCUGUUUAAUCUUUGUUCCUUUUCUUUCGCAUUAGUAAUUUAGCUGCAUGUUAAUUAUGGACCACCCCUGAGAAAUGCAAAAUGUAGUGGAAGGGGAAGUUCACCUUAAUUUGACAGUCAGCGUGGUCAAUUAGUUGCUUUAAAUAUUACAACCUUAAAUAUAUUCUGUGUAGAAUUACAAGAUCAGAUUGUUUAGACCAAAAUGACUGAAGAUGAUUCACUUUUGUUUCCACCAUUUUUUUUUUCACCUUUGUUUUUGUGACCUCCUGGUAUGCACCAAAGCGUCUGUAAAUGAUAACAGUGCAGUGUUAUGCAGUUACAUGCAUCAUAUACAAUGGGCUGUGGGGCAGAAAAUCUAAACUUCCUUGUGCCUUUGGUCCCCAUCUGCUCAGUGAACUUAUGAGCAGGAAAUGGAAUAAGUGGUGCAAAAAGCACGCCAACAUCCCCGCUUCUUUCAUGUGGCCUUUCUCGGCCAUUACCCUAUCUGUACCGACUGUUAACUGUCUUUACAAAGUUAAAA